AUGCUUGAUUAUGGUGCAGGCAAUGUUCGCAGCUUAGUGAAUGCCGUUCAUCAUUUAGGCUUUGAUAUCCAAUUCGUAGAGGAACCUUCAGAUAUCGCUAAAGCUGAUAAACUUAUUUUCCCUGGUGUGGGUGAUUUUGGAUAUGCCAUGCGAGCCUUACGUAACAAGGGCUACUCUCAACCUUUAAAGGACUAUAUUGCCUCCGGAAAGCCCUUUAUGGGUAUCUGUGUAGGUAUGCAGUCCCUAUUUGAAGGUUCUGAUGAAAGCGAUGAAGCAGGAUUGGGCAUUAUUCCUGGCAAGGUCUCCAAGUUUGACGCCACAUCCAAGGCUGUACCUCAUAUGGGAUGGAGCAAUGUGCAAGUGAUCAAGGAACAAACCAAGGAUGAGGGACAAGAAGUGAAUUAUAGCAUGAAUGAUGACAAGGUUUAUUACUUUGUUCACUCUUAUGCUGCAAGAUAUACAGAAAAGAACAAGGAAUGGACAUUGACCACAAGUCAGUAUGGCGAUGAAUUGUUUAUCUCUUCAGUACAAAAAGACAACGUGUUUGCUACACAGUAUCACCCCGAAAAGAGCGGAUAUGCUGGUUUGAACGUUCUCAAAUCUUUCUUGACUGGCACCGGUAUUGUAGACAACAGGCAUAUCAUCAACAAAGAACCCGUCUUGUACGAAAAGCAUAAACUUACAAAGCGCAUCAUUGCCUGCUUGGAUGUCCGUGCAAAUGAUCAAGGUGACCUGGUUGUCACCAAGGGCGAUCAGUAUGAUGUUCGUGAAACAGGAGGAAGCAACGAUGUGCGUAAUUUAGGAAAACCUGUCGAUUUGGCCAAACGCUAUUUUGAAGAAGGAGCUGAUGAAGUGACGUUCUUGAAUAUUACCAGUUUCCGUAAUUGUCCCUUGGGUGAUACACCUAUGCUCGAAGUCCUCAAGCGUACAUCCGAAACCGUGUUUGUUCCCUUGACGAUUGGUGGUGGUAUUCGUGAUGUAACAGAUCCAGAUGGCACAUUCCAUCCUGCUUUUGAAGUCGCAGGAGAAUACUUCCGUUCAGGUGCUGAUAAGGUCUCUAUUGGUAGUGAUGCUGUCUAUUGCGCUGAAAAGUUUUAUGAAAAUGGAUGCAAAAAGACAGGAACAACUGCAAUUGAGACAAUUGCAGAUGCCUAUGGUUCUCAAGCUGUUGUCAUCUCUGUUGAUCCUCGUCGUGUAUACGUCAAGGAUCCUAGUGAAACAACACACCAUGUCGUCAAGAACUCCCAGCCUGGCCCUAACGGAGAAGAGUACUGCUGGUAUCAAUGUACUGUCAAGGGUGGUCGUGAAGGUCGCGACUUGGAUGUUGUUCAAUUAGUCACAGCCUGUGAGAAAUUAGGUGCGGGUGAAAUCUUGUUGAACUGUAUGGAUAGAGAUGGUACCAACUCUGGCUUUGAACUUGAAUUGAUUCGUGCUGUCAAGGAAGCUGUUUCUAUUCCAGUCAUUGCCUCAAGUGGGGCAGGAUGUGUGGAGCAUUUUGAACAAGUAUUUGAAAAGACAGAUGUAGAAGCCGCUUUAGCAGCGGGUAUUUUCCAUCGUAAAGAAGUUCCUAUUCAAUCUGUAAAAGAUCAUUUGAAAAAGACAAAUGUAACCGUUAGACCUGUUGAUACAACCAUUUUGUAA